GGGAUCUCCGCUAUUCAUCAGCUGCCAAUUAUCGAACUAUUGGCAGCCGAAAGACCUAUCCUAACAAUCCAUCCUUCUUCUCCCUUCCCGUUUGAAUGAUAUAGAAUAAGCCUCUACGGUCUUCUCAUCCUAUAUACCCCCCUCUGUUUGGACCCCGGCCCAGUCACUUCCGCCAUUCCAUCAACAACCACUCAGAUACCGCCCACGUAUAUAUCUGUCCUGUGAAUGGGCCAUCUUCUGAGCACGAUCAUUGGCUCACUGGCCGUGGAGGCGUUCUAAUGCUUCCCUCAGCAUAUACCGAUCGUAGACACGUUGAUUCGUACGGACUUUCCUGCCAAGAUGAUGGCAUCAAAUAUCUUGUCUCGGUUCCUCCCUCCGAACGGCCCUGCAUCGGUAUACGAGACGAUCCGCCAACACGAUGAGGGCUCACAGACAUCCGAUGUAGAGGAACGAGCAGGGCUGACUUUCGAAGACGAUGCGAGGGAUCGGUUUAGUGAUCGCGAGCUGGAGGAGGCACUGGCGGAUGCAGGGAGGGAUGAAUCCCCGAGCCCAAGCCACACUUUCCUCACCUCACAAAGUAGACAACAGGGCCCUGGGGACAGUACGGUUAACACCGGUCCUCGCCGCCGCAAAGCCGGUAACCCUCGGUGGAUGCAGUCAAUAUCGCCACGACCCGAUCCCGACGACGACGAUAACGACGAUGAUUAUGAUCACGAUGACGAUGUUCCCGCGUCCCUUCUCAUGGAGGGACAUCAGGACAAUGACGAUGAUGACCCCAAACCGCGCCUCCCUCCUCCUCCGUCCCACCAUCUUUCAACCCCUAAUCCCCCCCAGCCUGCCCCGUCACCACGCCGUGAGCACAUUCAAUGGGACAAUAAUAGAGACCAAAGAUCGCCGCAUGACUUGCCGCGGAGAAAUCGCCCAGCUGGAAUAUGGUCGGCAGGGCACCCAAAUAUGGCCGCGGUAGAUCCUAAGGUGAAGGCGAUGUGGAUGUGGGCCAAUGUGGACAACCUGGAUAAUUUCUUGAAGGAGGUUUAUACGUAUUUCUUAGGGAAUGGGAUGUGGUCCAUCCUGCUAAACAGGGUUUUAAGUUUAUUAACAUUUGCAUUUGUUGUUGGGUUCAGUAUCUUCCUCACGAACUGUAUUGACUAUCAUCAGGUCCGUGGGAGCAAAACCCUGGAUGAUAUUCUAAUCCAGCAGUGCACCAAGAAAAUGUCCUUUUCCUCAACCUUUCUGCUCUGGCUGCUCCUUUUUUUCUGGAUUGGAAAGGUCUUCCAGUAUGCGUUAGAUAUACGACGACUCAAACAUAUGCAUGAUUUCUAUCACUAUUUGCUCGGGAUAACAGAUGCAGAGAUCCAGACGAUUUCGUGGCAGGAAGUUGUCAGUCGAUUAAUGACCCUCAGGGAUUCAAAUCCGGCUACCGCUGGGGCUGUCUCGGCGAAACACCGCAAGUUCAUGGGUAGUCAAUCCAAGCAGCGUAUGGAUGCUCAUGAUAUUGCCAACCGCUUGAUGCGCAAAGAGAAUUACUUGAUUGCAUUGGUGAAUAAGGAUAUCCUAGACCUAACGCUUCCCAUCCCGUUCUUGAGAAACAGACAAUUGUUCUCGCGCACACUAGAGUGGAAUAUCAACCUAUGCAUUAUGGAUUAUGUUUUCAAUGAACAAGGUCAGGUCCGCACGCUGUUUUUGAAAGAUACCCACCGACGAGCGUUGAGUGAAGGCUUGCGGCGGCGCUUUAUAUUUGCAGGAAUUAUGAAUAUCUUUGUAGCCCCCUUCAUCGUGGUUUAUUUCAUGAUGCAUUAUUUCUUCCGUUAUUUCAACGAGUACCAGAAGAAUCCCUCUCAGAUGUCCUCUCGUCAGUACACUCCUCUAGCCGAGUGGAAGUUUCGGGAGUUUAACGAGCUAUGGCAUCUCUUUGAGCGCCGCAUCAACAUGUCCUACCCUUUUGCUACCCGCUAUGUGGACCAGUUCCCGAAGGACAAGACUGUCCAGAUAGCUGGUUUUGUGGCUUUUGUCUCUGGUGCGCUUGCCUCGGUGCUGGCGCUGGCAUCUGUCGUGGACCCGGAGCUGUUCCUGGGGUUUGAGAUUACCCACGACCGGACCGUCCUCUUCUAUCUCGGGGUCUUUGGAUCGGUUUGGGCCUUUGCGCGCGGGAUGGUCCCUGAAGAAACGGACGUAUUUGACCCCGAGUACGCACUUCUCGAAGUGAUCAAUUUCACCCAUUAUUUCCCAGGCCAUUGGAAAGGGAGGCUGCACAGUGACGAUGUCCGCAAAGACUUUGCUACGAUGUAUCAGAUGAGGAUAGUGAUCUUCUUGGAAGAAAUUCUGAGCAUGAUCUUCACGCCUUUCAUUCUGUGGUUCAGUCUGCCAAAGUGCAGUGACCGCUUGAUUGAUUUCUUCCGUGAAUUCACAGUGCAUGUGGACGGAAUGGGCUAUCUUUGCUCCUUUGCGGUCUUUGAUUUCAAGAAGGGCACAAAUGUCAUCACUCAGGGGGAGAACGGCCGACGAGACAACGCCAGGCAGGACCUGCGUGCGGAUUAUUUCUCCACCAAGGAUGGAAAGAUGCUAGCGUCCUAUUAUGGAUUCUUGGAUAACUACGGCCCCAACAACCCGCGCGGACCGCAUUUGAACAAGCGCCAUUUCCAUCCGCCUCCCAACUUUCCGACCCUAGGGUCUCCAUAUAUGGUCGAGAUGGGUAAUAUUGGGGAACGACUGGAUCUGACCCACACUCGCCCUGGACCGGUAGCUGGCCUCACGGGCCAACAGUCAGGCUUUGGAGCCACCCGAUUUAUGGCCCCUAACAUCGGUGAUGGCGGCUCUCUAGCUCCUUCGGUCCUCCUCGAUCCGCACCACCAACCUUCAGCCUCGGGGUUCCGAACGGCGACGGGUCGCGUGCUUUCUCAACAGCGUCCUCGUCCCUCACGCCCACCUGGGCCACCUAUCUCAGACGCUAUCGCCGAUAAUAGCGAGAUACUAGCUGCGGCAACACGUAGCCCGGCUUCUGGGCCGAGAACGAGACCCCUCCAUGCGGUGACGGAGUCAAGUGGUGCAAUCGGCACGGGCGACAGCCUAGGCGAGUCUUGGCGAAUGAACUUGGUGGGGGAUGAGGACGACGACGACGACGACGACGAAGGCGGAGAGGGAGAGAAUGUCGACGCCAUUGUUAAGGGAGACGGCGUUCUCGGGCUGAUUCAACAGUUUCAGAAAGUGAAUCAGGAUAACCGCGGGCGUCCAUCGGUUGGUUUAUAACAUAAUUAUAUUUGGAGAAUAUCACCUUGACCUUUUUAUACAUAUAUUACAAAUUAAGAAAGUGGUCUAGAUACAGUAUUUGGACUGUCUGCCAGCAUAGUAUGCAGUAGGAAUAAAUAUGAAUCAUCUAGUU